AUGUCUGUUGGAAUUGACAACACCUCCAGUGCUCAACCUGAGCUGGCGCAGACAUGGCCUCAAAGUAUUUUCCACCUGCAAAGCCCUCGGCCGGGCUUUCUGGCAGGCUGGUCCGCCUGGCAGUAUGUCGUGACCUUUUUGCUCGGCGUAGUGGUCUAUGACCAAGUGAUGUACAUUAAGCGAAAGGGUUCCAUUGCCGGGCCAACUUUCAAGAUUCCGCUCAUGGGCCCGUUCCUUCAGGCACUUCAUCCCAGAUUCGAAGCAUACAUUGAGCAGUGGGCCAGUGGACCUCUCAGCUGUGUAUCGGUCUUCCACAAGUAUGUCCACUCUGCCCCCCGUUGCGAAAUCGACAAGCUUGUUCGAGCGAACCGGGAAUCCCCUACUUACAAGUUGCACUCUAGAUUCGUCGUCCUGGCCUCCGAUCGAGAUCUAGCUCACAAAGUCUUUAAGUCACCCGCAUACGCUGAGCCAUGCAUCGUGCCCAUUGCAAAGGACCUCUUGGGCCACAAAGCGUGGGUUUUUCUGCAAGGGAAAGCCCACGCUGAGUACCGGCGGGGAUUGACUCCUUUGUUCACCAACAAGGCCAUUGCCACCUACCUCCCUGUCCAGGAGAGGGUUCUCGCGGACUACUUCGACAAAUUUGUUGCCGCAAGCGAGAGAAAUGAUGGACGACCGAUGGCAUUCAUGACCAUGUUCCGCGAGAUCAACUGUGCACUUUCCUGCCGCACGUUCUUCGGUGAUUACAUCUCUCAGGACGCGGUCAAGAAGAUUGCUAACGAUUUCUACCUUGUGACUGCGGCGAUGGAACUGGUGAAUAUUCCACUCUCAGUGUACAUCCCCUUCACCAGACCCUGGCUCGGGAAGCGGACGGCCGAUGCGGUCCAUGCCGAAUUUGCUAGAUGUGCAGCCGCAUGCAAGGCAAACAUGGCUAAGGGCGCGACACCGACUUGCAUCGUCGACCACUGGGUCCUGCACAUGAUGGAAUCGAAUCGGUACCGCGAGCGGAUUGCUGCAGGCGAGACCGACGUGGAGAAACCGACGAAUCUGAUCCGCGAAUUCACAAAUGAGGAAAUCAGCGAGACGUUGUUCACCUUCCUCUUUGCGUCCCAGGACGCCUCGAGCAGCGCCACAACAUGGAUGUUCCAGAUCCUUGCCCAACGGCCCGACGUCCUCCAGCGCGUGCGCGAGGAGAACCUGGCCGCCAGAGGAGGCGACCCGAACAAGCCCUUCGAUCUGCCCAUGUUGGAGUCCCUCACCUACACCAACGCAGUCAUCAAAGAGCUUCUCCGUCACCGGCCACCCGUCAUCUUCGUGCCGUACCUUGCGACAAAGGAUUUCCCCAUCACGCCAGACUACACUGUCCCGAAGGGUUCUAUGAUCGUCCCUUCCUGCUACCCAGCUCUGCAUGACCCGGAUGCGUACCCCAACCCCGAAGUCUUCGACCCCGAUCGCUGGGUAUCCGGAGAUGCCGAGUCCAAGACGAAGAACUGGCUUGUGUUUGGCGCAGGGCCGCAUGACUGCCUCGCAAGGAGAUAUGUGCCGCUAUCUAUGGCCGGAAUGGUUGGCAAGGCAGCGCUGGAGCUUGAUUGGGAGCAUCAUCCCACACCGAAGUCGGAGGAAAUUAGGGUCUUUGCCACGUUGUUUCCCAUGGACGGGUGUCAGUUGGUUUUUAAGAAACGGCCUUAG